AUGCGACUUUUACAUUUUCUUCUUAUAUUCGCAGUUGUCGUCAUCACUGCACUUGCGGCACCAAAACCACUUCAAGGAAUACGAACAAAGCGUAGGAGUUUCUUUGGUUUUGGCAGACGCUGGUUUGGAUUUCCUCCAUGGGGUUUUCCACGGUGGGGAUUUCGCCCAUGGGGUUUUCCACCGUGGGGAUUUGGCGGACCGUUUUGUUGUUUUCGGAGACCAUGGUUCUAUCCGUAUUGGUGGGGUUAA